UUGUAUUGAAGAAGAAGAGAAUAAUGGAGUGUUCAAGAUCAAAAUACAGUUGGGUUGUGCUAUUUAUUGCAAUGUUUAUUGUUGGUACAAAAAGUGGGCAUGUUCAAUCAAGGGGUGAAUGUGCUCCAUCAAACCCUGAAAGAGAAGCAUUCAAAAUGAUGCCAUGUAUGGGAGCUUCAAAAGAUGAAAACUAUCCAGUUUCUCAAAGAUGUUGUGAUCAAGUGAGGAAAUUAGGACAAAGCACAAGCUGUCUUUGUGCUGUUAUGCUGUCUAAAACUGCUGAAUUGGUUGGAUCUAAGCCUGAAAUUGCUAUUACUAUUCCUAAGCGUUGCAACAUUCUUGAACGCCCUGUUGGCUACAACUGUGGAGGAUACAUACUACCUUGAUCGAAGAAAAAAGUAAGGUGCAUUCUAUAGGCACCAUUACGUGGGAAGCUUAAAGGGAGAAAAUUUGUGUUUCUUGUAAAAAUCUAUAGUGACGUUCAGUCACUUAAGUAAUGAAUAAAAAUAUCGUGUUUGUUGUUCAUAAAAAAGAAAAAAAAAAGUUUUUCUUAAUACUAAA